UGGCUGCGUUGGGAGCUCUAGGGCGUGUCUGUGGGUUCCGCGAAGCGGGGCCAGAGCUGCUGAGGGGAAUUGGCUGGCGGCUUGGGACCCUGGCCCCUGUUCCCAGGCCUCGGGAGGACGCCAGGCUGCGGGGAGCCUUGGCCUGGGGAGGGGGGGAGGACGGAGCCAGAGACCCGGAACUCGCGCCUUGUGCAGAGUGGACGCCGACAGUGCCAUCGAAAAGUUAUUGCAGGGAGGUGACAAGAUCACAUUUUGAGAAGAAGCUGGAAAGCAGCCCAAGUGGAUUAAGAAGCCCCGGACGAGGACAAGAUCUCUGGGGAGAAACUCGAAGGUAUGAUGAGUACCUUCUGAGUCUCAGGAUGGUGGGAAUUAGCCAGUGGAUUGCAGGCAUGUUGUGGAAGUUGCUGAUGAGAUCCCAGCCCUGCAGGCCCUGUUCUUUCAGAAAGAUGCUAUCAGCUCCAAAAUACACACCUUUUCUAGCAUCCUUCACCUAUACAACUGAUAAUCAGUCAAAUAGAGAAAAUAAAAAGACAGUAGAAAAGCUCUAUAAAUUGUCAGUUGACAUCAGGAAAAUUCGAAGAUUAAAAGGAUGGGUACUUCUGGAGGAUGAAACGUAUGUUGAAGAAAUUGCAAAUAUUUUACAACAGCUAGGUGCCAAUGAGACUGCUGUAGCCAGUAUCUUGGAACACUGCCCAGAAGCAAUUAUCUGCAGUCCACCUGCUGUUAACACCCAGAGAGAACUCUGGCAGUCAGUUUGCAAGAACGAGAAAGAGUUAGUUAAGUUAAUAGAACAGUUUCCAGAAUCUUUCUUUACUGUUCAAGACCAAGAAAACCGGAAGCUGAAUGUUCAAUUCUUUCAAGAGUUGGGAUUCAAAAAUGUGGUCAUUAGUAGGUUUUUGACAACUGCACCUAAUAUUUUUCACACUCCUAUUGAGAAGAAUAAGCAAAUGAUAAAUGUUCUUCAAGAGAGUUAUCUAAAUUUAGGUGGCUCUGAGGUCAACAUGAAAGUUUGGCUACUAAAAUUAUUAAGCCAAAACCCAUUUAUUUUGUUAAAUUCUUCUGCAUCUAUAAAGGAAACACUAGAAUUUCUCCAGGAGCAGGGUUUUACAAACUUUGAAAUUCUCCAACUUCUCUCCAAACUCAAAGGAUUUCUGUUUCAACUUUGCCCAAGAAGUAUACAGAACAGUAUGUCCUUCUCUAAAAAUGCUUUUAAAUGUACUGAUCAUGACCUGAAGCAAUUAGUUUUGAAAUGUCCUGCCCUUUUAUAUUAUUCCGUUCCAGUUUUGGAAGAGAGAAUUCAGGGAUUAUUGAAAGAAGGAAUUUCCAUAGCUCAGAUAAGAGAGACGCCAAAGGUUCUUGAACUAACGCCACAAAUAGUACAGUACAGGGUAAGGAAACUGAAUUCCUUAGGCUAUAGAAUAAAGGAUGGAUAUCUAGCAUAUCUAAAUGGAACAAAAAAAGAGUUUGAGGCUAACUUUGGUAAGAUUCAGGCCAAAAAAGGAAGGCCAUUAUUUAAUCCUGUGGCACCAUUAAAUAUUGAAGAGUAACUUGCUGACUGAUGCUUCUUUCUAUCAGUGCUGAGUAAAACCGAGUAGCAAAAACUUAAGUGAUUCAGGCAUAUUGUGGGCACCAGUAAUUUUAAGAACCUACUUAGCUUCUGAGUUGUGUUUAAAUGACCUCUAAGUAGAAAAUCUCUCACUCAAUUGCUGUACUUAAAAAUAUAAAUUGCAUUUAUUUUAAAUAAAGUUUGUAAUUUUGACCUUGAGCUAUUUUAAAAAAUUAUUAAAUGGUCUAUCAGUGUGAU